CAGCAGUUCGUUAAUCCUAAGAAAAUGUUUACCCUGCUCGCAUUCUAGCAGGCGUUAAAACUUUCAAACGUUAUGCCGCGACGAAAUGUUUAGAAUUAUUACUGUACUUGCCUUCGCUUGUUUACAGGCAAGAGGACAACAACCGCCGCAUAUUAUAUUCAUCGUAGCUGAUGAUUUAGGCUGGAAUGAUGUAGGCUGGCACAAUUCUAAUAUCCUAACUCCAAAUCUAGAUUCGUUGGCAAAGAACGGAGUUAUUCUAAAUCAAAGCUAUGUGCAAGCUGUGUGUACACCAUCUCGAGUUUCGUUUAUGACAGGAUAUUAUCCCUAUCGAGUUGGACGACAGAAUCAUGUUUUACACCCUUUGAUACCCACUGGAGUUUCCCUUCAACUUUCUUUCCUGCCAGAGAUAUUGAGAGAAGUUGGAUAUAGCACGCACCUGAUCGGAAA